AUGAGCGCAAUCUAUCUGCUCCGCAAGUUUUCUAUGAAGCCUCCUUCUCGAUUUCAUAGAAGCCUCUUGUUUUCCAGUUUCUCCAUGGGUGUACCUCCAGAUUUAGCGCGAAACGCCAUAACUCGCACCUACUCAAGCACUAUCCGAAACUUUCCUACACCUUUCAACAACACCCAGAGUUUAAUGUCUACUCCAGUUUCGUGUUUUCGCCAAUCGAGUUGGGUUUCCGAGAAAUCAAGAAGUAUCGUCGCGUCUUUAAGAGAAUUUUCAACAUCCGUAGAAACAAAUACCAGCGACAAGAGCUUCGAGAGAAUUCAUGUUCAGGCUGGUCUAAAUUCGAAUCCAUUGGUUAUCGAAAGGAUACACAAAGACGAAGAACCCGUAAGCGAAUCAGUUUCUAGAGUGGAGAUAAACAAGAUUGAGAAAUCCGAAGGCGAAAGUGUUGAAAGUAAUCGUGUGAAAGUUAGAGAAGAGAGUGAGGCUGAGAAGGAAGCGUGGAGGAUUCUGGAAGACGCCGUCGUUAGGUAUUGUGGUUCUCCGGUGGGGACGGUGGCGGCAAACGAUCCCGGAGAUAAGUUACCUUUGAAUUAUGAUCAAGUGUUUAUAAGAGACUUUGUGCCUUCUGCUUUGGCUUUCUUGCUUAAAGGAGAUGGAGAUAUCGUUAGGAACUUUCUCCUCCAUACAUUACAGUUACAGAGCUGGGAGAAAACCGUAGACUGCUACAGUCCAGGACAGGGCUUGAUGCCUGCAAGUUUCAAAGUCAGAACCGUGGUACUUGAUGAGCACACUACGGAAGAGGUUUUGGAUCCAGAUUUUGGUGAAUCAGCCAUUGGUCGUGUUGCUCCUGUAGAUUCUGGUUUGUGGUGGAUUAUUCUCUUAAGGGCAUAUGGAAAGUUGACAGGGGAUUUCUCAUUACAAGAGAGGAUAGAUGUUCAGACAGGCAUAAAGCUCAUAAUGAACUUGUGUUUAGCGGAUGGAUUUGAUAUGUUUCCAACACUACUGGUCACCGACGGUUCUUGUAUGAUUGAUCGUCGAAUGGGUAUCCAUGGCCAUCCCCUCGAAAUCCAAUCGUUAUUCUACUCAGCAUUAAGAUGCUCCCGUGAGAUGCUUACUGGGAAUGACAGCUCCAAGAAUCUUGUAAGGGCUAUUAACAAUAGAUUAAGUGCUUUAUCCUUUCAUAUCAGAGAGUACUACUGGGUGGAUAUUAGAAAAAUCAAUGAGAUAUAUCGUUACAAGACAGAAGAGUAUUCCACAGACGCUACUAACAAGUUCAACAUCUACCCUGAGCAAAUUCCUCCAUGGCUCAUGGACUGGAUCCCCGAGCAAGGAGGUUAUCUCCUCGGGAACCUACAGCCCGCGCACAUGGAUUUCAGAUUCUUCACGCUCGGGAACUUUUGGUCUGUUGUUUCCUCACUGAGUACACCGAAGCAGAACGAAGCUAUAUUGAACUUGAUGGAAGCUAAAUGGGAUGAUAUCAUUGGGAAUAUGCCUCUUAAGAUUUGUUACCCUGCCUUAGAGUAUGAGGAUUGGCGUAUAAUCACCGGAAGUGACCCAAAGAACACACCUUGGUCUUAUCACAACAGUGGAUCCUGGCCAACGCUUCUAUGGCAGUUCACAUUAGCAUGUAUGAAGAUGGGUAGACCAGAGCUAGCUGAGAAAGCGCUUGCACUGGCUGAGAAGAGACUUAUGGCAGAUCGUUGGCCGGAGUAUUACGACACGCGAGCGGGGAAGUUUAUUGGGAAGCAGUCCCGGCUUUACCAGACAUGGACGGUGGCCGGAUUCUUGACUUCUAAACUCCUCCUGGCAAAUCCGGAGAUGGCGUCGCUGUUGUUCUGGGAAGAAGAUUACGAACUUCUGGAUAUCUGCAUUUGUGGUCUCAGCAAAUCUGGCCGGAAAAAAUGCUCCCGAGUCGCUGCUAAGACUCAGAUUCUUGUCCGAUGA